UUGCUGACAAAUAUCUCUUUUCCUGGGGUGCAAAUGUGACCCCGAAAUCGUCUCACCCCUUUCAAGAGGCAGAUGGCCCUGACCAGAGUCACACACAACACCACCCCCUCCCCGAUUUGCAAACAUCACUUGUUGGAAAAGAGUGGCAUUUUUCACGCAUUAACAUUUUUGUGUCUUUCCUGUUUUCUUUGCAAAAGAUCCGAGGAAACAUUCCUGGCCUAAGUCUAGGGGAAAUUAUUGCCAUUUUGUCUUAUAUAAAGAGAACAAGGAUACAAUGGACGCCAUCAACGUGCUCUCCAAAUAUUUAAGAGUUAAACCGACCAUAUUUUCUUACAUGGGAACCAAAGACAAAAGGGCUAUCACAGUUCAAAAGAUAGCUGUUUUGAAAAUCACCGCCCAGAGACUAGCUCAUUUAAAUAAAUGCUUAAUGAACUGCAAACUUGGAAACUUCAGCUACAAAAAUCACCCACUGAAGUUAGGAGAAUUGCAAGGAAAUCAUUUCACCGUAGGUCUCAGAAAUAUAACGGGGACUGAUGAUGAAGUUCAGCAAGCUAUGCACUCCCUUAAGGAAACUGGAUUUAUUAAUUAUUACGGCAUGCAGAGGUUUGGAACUACAGCUGUUCCUACAUUUCAAGUGGGAAGAGCUAUUCUGCAGAGCAACUGGAACGAAGCCAUAGAUUUAAUUCUCAAGCCCCGUCCAGGAGUUGAAAAAGGGUCCUUGGUGAAAUGCCGAGAGGAAUGGGCCCGGACGAGAGACCCCGCGGCAGCCUUUAAGACCCUGCUUGAGAAAAGAUGCGUGGAAGGCCAGUUACUCUGGGGACUUUCUAAAUACGGCCUGAAAAAUAUUGUGUCUGCAUUCAACAUGAUAACAAGAAAUUAUCGUUUGAUGUAUAUUCAUAGUUACCAGAGUUACGUCUGGAACAACAUAGUGAGCCAAAGAAUAGAAGAAUAUGGGCUGAGAGCCGUUCCAGGGGAUUUAGUAUUAAAAGGAGGUACAGCUGUUCAUAUCGAAGAGGUGGAUGUGGACAAUUACACCAUCCAUGACGUUGUCAUGCCACUCCCUGGCUUUGACGUGAUUUAUCCAAAGCAUAAAAGUAAGAGUUUUGUUCCAAAAUAUGCCCUAAUUGAGGAACUGUCAGGCCUGCAAUUAUAUCUUAAAUGCAAAGCUUUUCAUUGUGGUUCAUUUUUUAAAAUCUCGUUGUAUUUUUAUAAAAGGGAAUUGAUUGAAUACGAUGAUCCUAAAAUCCCACUGUUUACUACUGACCUGGAUAAACUGGAAGGAAAAACACCUGCAGCUCUUGCAACAGGAGGCAAAUACAAGGCUCUGAAGAUGGAGUUCUCCCUCCCACCAUCUGCUUAUGCCACAAUGGCGAUUCGAGAAGUGCUAAAGGUGGACACCAGCAUCAAAAGUCAAUCACAGUUAAACACAACUUGGCUCCGUUAAUCCUUUUCAGGGAACCGGAGAAGGUUUUUGACAUGCAAAAUUUCUUCCUCCUUUCCUCCUUUUAUCUUACCCACCUGAUUUCUAACUGAGCUGUAUUUUUGUAUUAGUUGAAAGGACGUUAUUUCAGAUUUGCUGUAAAAAGAAAAUAAUAAUUUUGUUUUUUUAAAGAGUUUGAACAAAUGUGGUGCUCCCUACGGCAGAAUUCAAACUACCAAUUGGCUUUGUUAACGGUAUUUAACGCUCAGAGGUGUUUCACUCCCGUAUUGGAAACCAACAGACCUUCAGGAAUAUGGUACAGAGUAAAAGUAAUUGCGAAUACGUUUCAUUCUGCAGUUCAGGAAUAUUAAAUGGAAUAUGUUACCUUUGAAAACAUAUCUGUAUCCAACAGGUUUAUUUCGCCUUAAGAAUGCUGAAAAAGCCUACUUUCACAACUACUGUUGACAAAACGUUCACCUCUUUUCCAGCUGCUUUUUAAUUUGAUAUGUACUAUUGUUAAAUCUCUGUUUUUCCUAACAUGCAAACUUGGACAGAAGCCAACACCUCAUAACAGAAGUCGUAUGUCAACCAACUUCUUAUGGUUUGGUCUGUUGCUGGCAACAGAUGAACUGGGGAAAUUUGCACCUUGACUUGACUGGAUUAAAUUACCCAUUCUGAAUUUGA